GGAUCCUGAAGUUGGGAUUCUGUGUCCACUUGAAAUCUCGCGAUUGAGUUCUUUCAGUACGCGCUUAACCGCGUGAGUGACUUAACAUUGUUAGUGUGUAGUGCACUUCCCUUUCGGGAGGGAGCAGAAAUGUCUAGCCACGGACUAAGGUUCGUGGCCACGAUAUUAGGGAUAUGGAUUACCAUCUGUGAUGCGCAAUACCUGAGUAAUAGUAAUAGCAGGUCUACAAAUAGGAGUGAUAUUUAUGGACAGGGGUACGUAAGACCUUAUUAUGAAAGGGAUUCGGACACUACAGAAACACCAGAAGGCUCUACAGACCGAUACAGCGAAUACGGCAGACGUUACCACCCCAGAGCGAAUGCAAUCGAAUCAAUUGACAACAGGUAUCGGGAAGACGGACCACUGAGGGGAGACCAAAGUGGCGUUUCCGAGGGAGAGGGUGACUACAACAACAUUCAAACUGGUUACUCAGAUACUUCGUACAGUGGCGGAUCUGGUGGAUAUAACGCAGGCUACGAUUCUGCACAAGGCAGUGCGGAAGGAUCAACACAGACACCAUACACUCGCUCUGACUACGAAGCAAGAUAUGGUUCAGGAGGAUAUGGAUAUAACCAAAGCGGAUCUGAGAACGCGGGAAGGGCAAGUGGAGGAACAGCUAGCUACGGAUCUGGAGGAUCUGGCCAAUCGGGAGCAGGAGGUUAUGGUUCUCGGACAUACAGUUCAAGCUCGUCUGGCGGCGCCGGAAGAGCAGGGGCCAGCUAUGGUUCGACUGGUUAUAGCCAGACGGGUGGUUCACAAAAUGCCUAUGGAUCAGGCGGUUACGGUUCUGGACAAACUAACGGCCCUGCUGGAAGCUAUGGAUCCGAUCAGUCUGUAAGAAAUUCAGCGACCUAUGAAUCCCGUGGUUAUAGCUAUAGUAACACUGGAGGAUACUCAGGAUCUGGAGGAUACGGAUCUGAACAAUCGGGUGGUUACGGAUCUGGUAGCUAUGGCUCUCAAACAGGUGAACAAGGAAGUGCUGGAUCAAGCUUGGGAAGUCAAGAUAGGAACUAUAACGAUCGGGACAGUUAUGGGGGAAGAUCCGACGAAUCAUCACGUAACGCCUAUGCCAGCAGUCCUUACGCUAACCGAAGACCAUACUCCAGUAGCUACGAUAUUUAUGAUGCCCCUGGAAGUGCGCUGGGACCACGUAAUGGUAGUGAAAGGUGUAUACCUAAAUGCUUCGCUGAAAAAGGAAAUAGAGGUUUCCAAGGAGCCCCUGGUACGCCUGGCGAAAAAGGUCUGAGAGGUUUCCCAGGUGAAGAAGGUAACAUGGGACCCAAAGGAGAAAAAGGAGAUUCUGGACCAAUGGGACCUAGAGGACCUAAGGGUAAUAGGGGUAAACAAGGAUUGCCUGGAUUCCCAGGUAUAAGCGGAAUACCUGGUAUGCAAGGACCACCAGGUCAACCCGGUAUCCCCGGUCUGGAUGGUUGUAAUGGAACAGACGGAGCGGAGGGUCCUAAAGGAUAUUCAGGAGAACCCGGACCAAGAGGUUACGCAGGAAUGCCUGGAGUUAAAGGUAAUAAGGGAGAGCCUGCACGUUGUGAAAUCAAUUUGAAAGGACAGAAAGGAGAACCUGGUAGAGAUGGUGUUACUGGACCUGCCGGUUUACCAGGACCAGCUGGUCCAAUAGGUCCUCCUGGAAUGCCCGGUGAUGUAGGACCAAUGGGUUUCAGAGGUCCACCAGGACCUAAAGGUCAAAAAGGACAGCCUGGUUUAGGUGCAGAAGGACAAAAAGGACAGAAGGGUGAGCCUGGUUUGAGGGGACCCAAAGGUGAUUCUGGUAUAGCCAAGUGGGCCAAAAAUGGCACAACUACAGUUGGGCCAAAGGGAGAACCUGGUGCCCCUGGUGAAAGAGGUGCUAUGGGACCUCCCGGUGAGAAAGGAGAAAGAGGUAUGGAUGGUGAUUAUGGAUAUCCAGGUCAAGCAGGAGCGAAGGGAGAAAAGGGUCUACCAGGACCAUCAGGACCUAGGGGACGGGACGGUUACUCUGGCCCACCAGGUCCGCCAGGACAAAAAGGUGAUAGAGGAAUGGAAGGAUUGUCAGGUUUACCAGGUCGUCAAGGCUUGAAAGGAGAACCAGGAAGAGAGGGCGCACCUGGAUUCCAAGGUCUUCCCGGUCCACCAGGUCCACCUGGUGGAGGAAAUGGAAGACCUGGACCGCCUGGACCAAUGGGACCGAGGGGUUAUCCCGGACCUAUAGGACCCAAGGGAUUGGAUGGAUUUAACGGAGAACCAGGACCAAUGGGCCCUCCUGGUCCGACAGGAGGUCCCGGUCUGACUGGUAGACAAGGACCGGAAGGACCACCAGGAGACAAAGGAGAAAAGGGUAACACAGGGCUGCCAGGUUUUCCAGGUACAGACGGACGCAUUGGAUUCCCAGGUGAACCUGGACCACAGGGGCUUCAAGGGCUUCCUGGCGAGAGUGGACGAUCAAUUAUAGGACCAAAAGGAGACGCCGGAGAACCUGGAAGAGAUGGUGAAAAAGGACAAAAGGGAGAACGUGGUUUCACGGGCGCCAGAGGAGCGCCAGGAGAUUCUCUCUAUGGAAAACCAGGAAAAGACGGACCAACUGGGCCACCAGGAGAGAAGGGUUACCCAGGUCGACCAGGCAUACCAGGUAGUCCGGGAUUACCUGGAGAGAAGGGAGAUAUUGGAGGAAGAUGCAUCGAUUGUAUGCCAGGAUUGCCAGGAAGUAAGGGAGAUAGGGGAAAUGAUGGACGCGAUGGUGACAUAGGACCCAGAGGACCACCAGGACCCGUAGGUUAUCCUGGAGCUCCUGGUCUAGACGGAUCUCCAGGGGUUAGGGGACCUCCUGGUGCCCCCGGAAAGGACGGAUUACCAGGUGCUCCCGGAAAUCCUGGAAAUCCAGGAAAACCUGCAAUGAUUCCACUUAAUUUGAUCAAAGCCGAUAAGGGAGAUAAGGGAGCUAGAGGACCACCAGGUUUUCCAGGACCCCAAGGAAGAACAGGACCUCCUGGACUGCAAGGAGAACGUGGAUUACCAGGACCUAGAGGACAAAAAGGAGAUAUGGGUCCUAAAGGUUAUUCUGGACGAGAUGGACGUCCGGGAAGUGAUGGGCCUGUUGGACCAAGAGGAGAACCAGGUUUUAGUAUCAAGGGCGAAACUGGAUCUCCUGGAGAACCAGGUUACGACGGCAUGAAAGGAGAACCUGGGCUUCCUGGAAGCAAAGGAGAACCCGGAAGAUGUCCCGAAAAUAUAACUGCCCAACUUAAAGGAAAUCAAGGACCUCCGGGAGAGCGCGGUUUUCCUGGCACACCUGGUAUAAAUGGAGAACGUGGUGAUAAGGGAGACAAAGGGGAAACAGGACCUGUAGGUUAUCCUGGAAGCACUGGACCUCCAGGUCCAGUGGGAAAUAGGGGAUUGCCUGGACCUCGGGGUGAAAAAGGUGAUAUCGGUCAAAUGGGAUUCCCCGGAGAACCGGGAAGAGAUGGUUUGAGAGGUCCACCUGGUUUCCCAGGAAUGAAAGGAUCUAAAGGAGAACAAGGUAUAUCAGUAGCCGGACCACAAGGUCCACCUGGUCUACCUGGAUAUCCAGGAGAGAAAGGAUUGCAAGGUUUACCAGGAAAGACUGGAGCACCAGGUGCCCCUGGUCUGCAAGGAAUAAUGGGAGAGAAAGGUGAUCAAGGCAUAAGAGGAUUAGAUGGAUUAUCUGGACCUAAAGGGGAUAAAGGAGAACCCGGGCCAUUAGGACCACCAGGAAUGUCUGGUUUGCCAGGUAUGCCAGGUCUGCAAGGACUUAAAGGAGAGCCAGGUCAAAGUGGUUUACCAGGUAGACAAGGACUCCCAGGAUAUCCAGGAGUUAAAGGAGAGCGGGGUAUCACAGGAAUCGAAGGUCCGAAAGGUUUCAAGGGAUCGACUGGAAGACCAGGUGCACCUGGCGCUCCAGGUAUGGAUGGAAGACCCGGACCAAUGGGAGAAAAGGGAGAUCGAGGAUUCCCAGGUUUACCGGGACCUCAAGGAUUAGUCGGUAUGCCAGGUGCGGCUGGACGACCAGGUGACAAGGGUGAUAUCGGCCCAGUUGGUGAACCAGGUUUGCCAGGUCCUAGGGGCCCACCUGGGUUCAAAGGAAAUGCCGGAUUACCAGGUUUUCCUGGUCAAAAGGGAGAGCCAGGACCAGUCUCACAGAAAGGUCAAAAGGGAGAACCUGGAGUACCUGGACUGAGAGGAGCACCUGGAUUUGCCGGUCAACCUGGUUUGCCUGGGUCGAAAGGUUUGGAUGGCAUUCCUGGACAGAGCAUUCCCGGACGUCAUGGAGAGAAAGGAGAUAUGGGACCUCCUGGCUUGGAUGGAUUGCCAGGGCCACAAGGAAUCAAGGGAGAGCAAGGAGUAGCUGGAUAUUCAGGUGUCAAAGGAGAACGUGGAUUCCCUGGUGACCGCGGAGAACCGGGUAUUGAUGGUUUGAAUGGACCACAGGGACCAAAGGGAGAUAGAGGAUUCCCUGGACUUGAAGGAUUGCCAGGUGAAAAAGGCGAUAUAUGCCUUCCAGGACAGCCUGGAUUCGAUGGACCUAAGGGAGAGAGAGGAUAUCCUGGACCAAUAGGACCUGUUGGUUUCCCUGGACAAAAAGGAGAACUAGGAGAUCGUGGUUCACCUGGUCCUCUAGUAUCGAUAAAGGGAGAGAAAGGAGAAGUAGGCCGUCCAGGACCUUUCGGAAACAUGGGAGAGAAAGGUGAUAUUGGUUUACCUGGUUUAGAUGGGAGACCAGGUGAGAAAGGUGAUGCAGGUUUCCCAGGACUGAAAGGCGAUGUAGGUUUCCCAGGACAACAAGGUCGAAAGGGAGACGCUGGAUUCCCUGGUAUUCCGGGUGUGCCUGGCUUAACAGUGAAGGGAGAAAAGGGUUUACCAGGUCUUCCAGGUAAAAAUGGAAGAGAAGGUCGUAUUGGUCUACAAGGAGAAAAAGGAGAGAAAGGUUUACAAGGUCUGAUUGGACAACCAGGUUUGGCCGGUUUACCAGGACCAAUUGGACCUCCUGGUCCUAAAGGAGACAGAGGAUUAACAGGAGCACCAGGACAACCUGGACCACUUGGACCCCCAGGAAGAGACGGACUUAAUGGAAUACCCGGAAGAAUUGGAGAAAAGGGAGACCGUGGUCCUCCAGGUUUGAUCGGGGCCCCUGGCCAGAAGGGUGAUCGAGGUGAAACAGGUUUGAUCGGUCUAACAGGCGCUGCCGGCGAGAAAGGUGAUCGAGGUUAUGAUGGUGUGGCUGGUAUUGAGGGACCAAUGGGACCACAAGGAGAGAAGGGAGAUAUCGGUUUCCCUGGAGUACCAGGACUGGCUGGUGUACCAGGAGCAAAGGGACAAAAGGGAGAAGCUGCUUUACCUGGCGCGCCUGGACCAAAAGGAGAACGCGGUCCUCCGGGUAUUCCUGGAAAACCAGGUGAGCGUGGUGAACCAGGUUUUGACGGAGCUAUUGGAAUAGUGGGAGAGAGAGGUGAGAAAGGAGACCGUGGAUUCGAAGGAAGAAUCGGUAUAGCCGGUAUCCAAGGAGAAAAGGGAGACAGAGGAUUCGACGGUGUUGCUGGUUUAGCUGGUGCUCAAGGUUUUCCCGGUCCAAAGGGAGAGCCUGGCGCGCCUUGCGAGGUUACACCGGACUACUUGACUGGAACAUUAUUGGUGAGACACAGCCAAAGUGUGGAAGUACCAUCUUGCGAAGCGGGACAUGUCAAAUUAUGGGACGGUUAUUCCCUGCUCUAUAUCGAAGGAAACGAAAAAGCUCACAGUCAAGAUUUGGGAAUUGCUGGAUCUUGUAUAAGGAAAUUCUCAACCAUGCCAUUCCUCUUCUGCGACUUCAAUAAUGUCUGUAACUAUGCCAGCAGAAACGACAAAUCUUACUGGUUAUCUACAAGUGCUCCGAUUCCGAUGAUGCCAGUUGAAGAGGAUAGAAUCCGAGAUUAUAUCUCUAGAUGUGUAGUUUGUGAGGCACCUGCUAAUGUGAUAGCAGUUCACAGCCAAUCUCUUUCACUACCGGAAUGUCCCUAUGGAUGGAGUUCGUUGUGGAUUGGAUAUAGUUUCAUAUUGCAUACUGGAGCUGGUGCUGAAGGUGGUGGACAGUCUUUGGCUAGUCCAGGUUCUUGUCUCGAAGAUUUCAGAGCAACUCCGUUCAUAGAGUGUAACGGUGCUGAAGGAACAUGUCACUAUUUCUCUAAUACUCUCAGUUUCUGGCUGGCGACCAUCGAAACCAACCAACAAUUCCAGAAGCCAGUAAAGCAGACUCUGAAAGCAGGAAACGUCAGAGAUCGUGUAGGUAGAUGUCAAGUCUGCAUCAGAAACACCUAGACUUGAGAAAUUCGACAAUCAUGACAAACGAGAGUGCCUAGUUCACGGUGUGAUCAACGAUAUAGUGUUCCUUCAGGGAAAGUACUUUCUCAUCGUGGAAGAUGACCAGGUACCAACCCGAAACUUGGUCGAAUAUUUUAUGAUAAGCUUGUUAACUCUUAAAACUGCCGUGCCAUGAUGUAACAUUAAAAGCAUGUAAAGAAUUUUGUAUAGUAUUUAGUAGAAUAAGUUGUAUGUAUGUAAUAAUAAAUCAACAGAGACCAGUGCAAUCAUCAUAAAUUUCGAUUUUAUUCUAUUUUUCAAAAGAAUAUUUUUGUAAUUACUUAUAAAUCUCAAUGGUGCUAUCGCUAUAGUUUACACGCAGUUGAAAUUUAUCUUUAUGUAAGUAACAUUCCUUUUUCGUUCAUAGUUACUUCUAGUCAAGAAAAAGUCUUCGAAACUCAUUGUCACUGCUUGAAUUUAUACAGUUCGUUUAAUUUCUUAUCGAGCACUGCCAUUGUAAAAUAAAUACUUACUACUUUGAAA